GAGGCGACGGGCUUGGCGCAGCGCACGGCCGGAGGUGGAAGGUCAGGGGAGGGGCUGAGCCUGUCUCCUGUCAGGAGCGAGAUCUGGGCUGCGCUGGGCACCCGGAGCCCUGGUUCAGCCCCCGGCCAUCGCGGCCGCCGCCCAGUGCGCUCUUCCACGGCCAGGUGCAAAAUGCCGUGUCAUUGGGAGAGUCUGCGGCUGGAGCAUUGAAUUACAGCUCAGCCGAGCCCGGGGAGGGCGGCGCGGGUGGAAGAUGAGCAGAAGCCCCUGUGCUCCUCGGAGCGCCCGCUGACCAGCGGGCUAAGCGCAGCCGGGGCGGGGACCGAGUGUAGCCGCUGGAGCAGCCGGGGCUGGCCUUUCCUCUUUAAGAGCAGCAGAUCUGAGCCGGGAGCCAGCGAUCCGAACCGGCCUCCCUCCGCCAGCCCUGUCGAGGGAGGGGACCCACGAACUGCGCCUAGGCCCUCCCCGACCUUCCCCAGCCCUCUCCGCGCCCUGGGCACACGGGGCCCUCACACCUUGCAGUCAUGCUGAGGGUCUUUUUCCUUUACGCCGAGAACGUCCACACCCCGGACACCGACAUCAGCGAUGCCUACUGCUCCGCUGUGUUUGCAGGGGUGAAGAAGAGAACCAAAGUCAUCAAAAACAGCGUGAACCCCGUGUGGAAUGAGGGCUUUGAGUGGGACCUCAAGGGGGUCCCCCUGGACCAGAGCUCUGAGCUUCACGUGGUGGUCAAAGACCAUGAGACGAUGGGGAGGAACAGGUUCCUGGGAGAAGCCAAGGUCCCACUCCGGGAGGUCCUUGCCACCCCCAGUCUGUCUGCCAGCUUCAAUGCCCCCCUGCUGGACACCAAGAAGCAGCCCACAGGGGCCUCGCUGGUCCUGCAGGUGUCCUACACGCCUCUCCCUGGAGCUGUGCCCCUGUUCCCACCCUCUGUGCCGCUGGAACCCUCCCCGACUCUGCCCGAUGUGGAUAUGCUGGCUGGUGGGGGACAGAGCCGGGCCGAGACUUGGUCCCUGCUCAGUGACAGCACCGUGGACACGAGAUACUCUGGAAAGAAAUGGCAGGCCCCCACGGAUACAGGAGGAGAGGAGGACACCGAGGACCAGGGGCUCACGGGAGAUGAGGCAGAGCCAUUCUUGGAUCAGAACGGAGCCCCAGGCCCCGGGGCUCCCACCACCCUGAAGAAGCCACCUUCCCAUCCUCCCCCCUACCAUCCUGGGGGGAAAAGGAAGAGAAGCACGCCUGCGCCCAGAAAGCUGCUUUCGGAUAAACCACAGGACUUCCAGAUCAGGGUCCAGGUGAUCGAGGGGCGCCAGCUGCCAGGGGUGAACAUCAAGCCUGUGGUCAAGGUCACCGCGGCCAGGCAGACCAAGCGGACUCGGAUUCACAGGGGAAACAGCCCGCUCUUCAACGAGACUCUCUUCUUCAACGUGUUUGACUCUCCCUCGGAGCUGUUUGACGAGGCCGUCUUUAUCACGGUGGUAGACUCCUGUUCGCUCCGGACAGAUGCCCUCAUCGGGGAGUUCCGGAUGGAUGUGGGUACCAUCUACAGAGAGCCCCGACACGCCUAUCUCAGGAAGUGGCUGCUGCUCUCGGACCCUGACGAUUUCUCUGCUGGGCCCAAAGGCUACCUGAAAGCAAGCCUUUGUGUGCUGGGGCCUGGAGACGAAGCUCCGCUGGAGAGAAAGGACCCCUCUGAAGACAAGGAGGACAUUGAAAGCAAUCUGCUCAGGCCAACUGGCAUGGCCCUUCGAGGAGCGCACUUCUGUCUGAAGGUCUUCAGGGCUGAGGACUUACCACAGAUGGACGAUGCCGUGGUGGACAGCGUGAAGCAGAUCUUCGGCUUUGACAGUAACAAGAAGAACCUGGUGGAUCCCUUCGUCGAGGUCAGCUUUGCGGGGAAAAUGCUCUGCAGCAAGAUCCUGGAGAAGAUGGCCAACCCUCAGUGGAACCAGAGCAUCACGCUGCCUGUCAUGUUUCCCUCCAUGUCUGAAAAAAUGAGGAUUCGUGUCAUAGACUGGGACCGCCUCACCCACAAUGACAUCGUGGCCACCACCUACCUGAAUAUGUCGAAAAUCUCUGCCCCUGGAGGAGAAAUAGCAGAGGAGCCUGCAGGUGUGGUCAAGCCUCCUCCAGCCACGGACCUGGACGACCACCUGGGCUUCCUCCCCACCUUCGGGCCCUGCUAUGUCAACCUCUACGGCAGCCCCAGGGAGUUCACUGGCUUCCCAGACCCCUAUGCAGAGCUCAACACGGGCAAGGGAGAAGGCGUGGCCUACCGAGGCCGGCUUCUGGUCUCCCUGGAGACCAAACUGGUGGAGCAAGGCGAGCAGAAGGUGGAGGAUCUCGCUGCAGAUGACAUCCUUCGGGUGGAGAAGUACCUCCGGAGGCGCAAGUACUCCCUCUUUGCUGCCUUCUACUCGGCCUGCAUGCUGCAGGAUGUCGACGAUGCCAUCCAGUUCGAGGUCAGCAUCGGAAACUACGGGAACAAGUUUGACACGACCUGCCUGCCGCUGGCCUCCACCACCCAGUACAGCCGGGCGGUCUUUGACGGGUGCCACUACUACUACUUACCCUGGGGCAACGUGAAGCCUGUGGUGGUGCUGUCAUCCUACUGGGAAGACAUCAGCCACAGAGUCGACACUCAGAACCAGCUGCUCCGGAUCGCCGACCGGCUGGAAGCCGGCCUGGAGCAGGUCCACCUGGCCCUGAAGGCGCGGUGCUCCACCGAGGAUGUGGACUCCCUGGUGGCUCAGCUGAUGGAUGAGCUCAUUGCAGACUGCAGCCAGCCCCUGUGCAACGUCCAAGAGACGCCCUCUGCCACCCACCUGGACCAGUACCUGUACCGGCUGCGCACCCGUCACCUGAGCCAGAUCAGUGAGGCGGCCCUGGCCUUGAAGCUCGGCCACAGUGAGCUCCCCGCCGCCCUUGAGCAGGCUGAGGACUGGCUCCUGCGUCUCCGUGCCCUGGCGGAGGAGCCCCAGAACAGCCUGCCUGACGUGGUCAUCUGGAUGCUGCAGGGAGACAAGCGGGUGGCGUACCAGCGGGUGCCCGCCCACGAGGUCCUCUUCUCCCGGCGGGGCGCCAACUACUGUGGCAAGAAUUGUGGGAAGCUGCAGACGAUCUUUCUGAAGUAUCCAAUGGAAGGGGUGCCGGGAGCCCGGAUGCCGGUGCAGAUACGGGUGAAGCUCUGGUUCGGGCUCUCUGUGGAUGAGAAGGAGUUCAAUCAGUUUGCUGAGGGCAAGCUCUCUGUCUUCGCUGAAACCUACGAGAACCAGACCAAGCUGGCCCUAGUCGGGAACUGGGGCACAACGGGCCUCACCUACCCCAAGUUUUCUGACGUCACAGGCAAGAUCAAGCUACCCAAGGACAGCUUCCGCCCCUCGGCCGGCUGGGCCUGGGCUGGAGAGUGGUUCGUGUGUCCGGAGAAGACCCUACUCCACGACACCGAUGCGGGCCACCUGAGCUUUGUGGAGGAGGUGUUUGAGAACCAGACCCGGCUGCCCGGAGGCCAGUGGAUCUACAUGAGUGACAACUACACAGAUGUGAACGGGGAGAAGGUGCUUCCCAAGGAUGACAUCGAGUGCCCACUGGGCUGGAAGUGGGAAGAUGAAGAAUGGUCCACAGACCUCAAUCGGGCCGUUGACGAGCAAGGCUGGGAGUACAGCAUCACCAUCCCUCCGGAACGGAAGCCAAGGCACUGGGUCCCUGCCGAGAAGAUGUACUACACACACCGUCGGCGGCGCUGGGUCCGCCUGCGCAGGAGGGACCUCAGCCAGAUGGAGGCGCUGAAGAGGCACAGGCAGGCGGAGGCGGAGGGCGAGGGCUGGGAGUACGCCUCGCUCUUCGGCUGGAAGUUCCACCUGGAGUACCGCAAGACCGAUGCCUUCCGCCGCCGCCGCUGGCGCCGCCGCAUGGAGCCACUGGAGAAGACAGGGCCUGCAGCUGUGUUUGCCCUCGAGGGGGCCCUGGGCGGCGUGGUGGACGACAGGAGUGAAGAUUCGGUGUCCGUCUCCACCUUGAGCUUCGGCGUGAACAGACCCACGAUUUCCUGCAUCUUCGACUACGGGAACCGCUACCAUCUACGCUGCUACAUGUACCAGGCCCGGGACCUGCCCGCCAUGGACAAGGACUCUUUUUCUGAUCCCUACGCAAUCGUCUCCUUCCUGCACCAGAGCCAGAAGACAGUGGUGGUGAAGAACACCCUGAACCCCACCUGGGACCAGACACUCAUCUUCUAUGAGAUCGAGAUCUUUGGUGAGCCGCCCAGCAUCGCCGAGCAGCCGCCCAGCAUCGUGGUGGAGCUAUACGACCAUGACACCUACGGUGCAGAUGAGUUUAUGGGACGCUGCAUCUGUCAGCCGACUCUGGAACGGAUGCCCCGGCUGACCUGGUUCCCACUGACUAGGGGCAGCCAGCCGGCGGGCGAGCUGCUGGCCUCUUUUGAGCUCAUCCAGAGAGAGAAGCCGGCCAUCUACCACAUUCCUGGUUUUGAGGUGCAGGAUACAUCAGGGAUCCUGGAAGAGCUGUGUGCACCUGCCUUCUUCCUCCAGGGCCUCCUCCAAACGUCGGAGGACACAGACCUGCCCUACCCGCCACCCCAGAGAGAGGCCAACAUCUACAUGGUUCCCCAGAACAUCAAGCCUGCUCUCCAGCGGACGGCCAUCGAGAUCCUGGCAUGGGGCCUGCGGAACAUGAAGAGUUACCACCUGGCCAGUGUCUCCUCCCCCAGCCUCGUGGUGGAGUGCGGGGGCCAGACGGUGCAGUCCUGUGUCAUCAGGAACCUCCAGAAGAACCCCAACUUCGACGUCUGCACCCUCUUCAUGGAAGUGAUGCUGCCCAGGGAGGAGCUCUACUGUCCCCCCAUCGUGGUCAAGGUCAUCGAUAACUGCCAGUUUGGCCGCCGGCCUGUGGUGGGCCAGUGUACCAUCUGCUCCCUGGAGAGCUUCCUGUGUGACCCCUACUCAGAGGAGAGUCCGUCCCCACAGGGCGGCCCAGAUGAUGUGAGCUUACUCAGUCCUGGGGAAGAUGUGCUCAUUGACAUUGAUGACAAGGAGCCCCUCAUCCCUAUGCAGCUUGCAGAUGGUCUGUCGGGCUCGGCCCCCACUAACAUGGCAUCUUCUCCGUCCAGUCCUCAUGAGGAGGAGUUCAUCGAUUGGUGGAGCAAAUUCUUUGCCUCGAUAGGGGAGAGGGAAAAGUGCGGGUCCUACUUGGAGAAGGACUUUGACACUCUAAAGGUCUAUGACACACAACUGGAGAAUGUGGAGGCCUUUGAGGGCCUGUCUGACUUUUGUAACACCUUCAAGCUCUACCGGGGCAAGACUCAGGAGGAGAUGGAAGACCCAUCUGUCGUUGGGGAAUUUAAGGGCCUCUUCAAAAUUUAUCCCCUCCCAGAAGACCCGGCCAUCCCCAUGCCCCCAAGACAGUUCCACCAGCUAGCUGCCCAGGGACCCCAGGAGUGCCUGGUCCGCAUCUACAUCAUCCGGGCAUUCGGCCUGCAGCCCAAGGACCCCAAUGGGAAGUGUGACCCUUACAUCAAGAUCUCCAUAGGGAAGAAAUCCGUGAGCGACCAGGAUAACUACAUCCCCUGCACUCUGGAGCCUGUGUUUGGAAAGAUGUUCGAACUGACCUGCACUCUGCCUCUGGAGAAGGACCUGAAGAUCACUCUCUAUGACUAUGACCUCCUCUCCAAGGACGAGAUGAUCGGGGAGACGGUCAUCGACCUGGAGAAUAGGCUGCUGUCCAAGUUUGGAGCUCGCUGCGGACUCCCACAGACCUACUGUGUCUCUGGACCGAACCAGUGGAGGGACCAGCUCCGCCCCUCCCAGCUUCUCCACCUGUUCUGCCAGCAGCAGAGAGUCAAGGCCCCCGUGUACCAGACCGACCGUGUGGUGUUUGGGAAUAAAGAAUACACGAUUGAAGAAAUAGAGGCUGGGAGGGUCCUGAAUCCACACCUGGGCCCAGUGGAAGAGCGCCUGGCCUUGCACGUCCUCCAGCAGCAGGGCUUGGUGCCCGAGCAUGUGGAGUCCCGGCCCCUCUAUAGCCCCCUGCAGCCGGACAUUGAGCAGGGGAAGCUGCAGAUGUGGAUCGACCUGUUUCCAAAGGCCCUGGGGCGGCCUGGACCUCCCUUCAACAUCACUCCACGGAGAGCCAGAAGGUUUUUCCUGCGUUGCAUUAUCUGGAACACCAAGGAUGUGAUCCUGGACGACCUCAGCAUCACAGGAGAGAAGAUGAGCGACAUUUAUGUGAAAGGUUGGAUGGUUGGCUUUGAAGAACACAAGCAAAAGACAGAUGUGCAUUAUCGGUCCCUGGGAGGCGAAGGGAACUUUAACUGGAGGUUCAUUUUCCCCUUUGACUACCUGCUGGCUGAGCAAGUCUGCACCGUCUCCAAGAAGGAUGCUUUCUGGAAGCUGGACAAGACCGAGAGCAAAAUCCCAGCACGAGUGGUAUUCCAGAUCUGGGACAAUGACAAGUUCUCCUUUGAUGAUUUCCUGGGCUCCUUGCAGCUGGAUCUCAACCGCAUGCCCAAGCCUGCCAAGACAGCCGAGAAGUGCUCCCUGGACCAGCUGGAUGACACUUUCCACCCAGAGUGGUUUGUGUCCCUUUUUGAACAGAAAACUGUGAAGGGCUGGUGGCCCUGUGUGGCGGAAGAGGGUGAGAAGAAGAAGCUGGCGGGCAAGCUGGAGAUGACCUUGGAGAUUGUGGCGGAGAGUGAGCAUGAGGAGCGGCCCGCUGGCCAGGGCCGGGAUGAGCCCAACAUGAACCCCAAGCUCGAGGACCCAAGGCGCCCUGACACCUCCUUCCUCUGGUUCACCUCCCCGUACAAGACUAUGAAGUUCAUCCUGUGGCGGCGUUUCCGGUGUGCCAUCAUCCUCUUCAUCAUCCUCUUCAUCCUACUGCUGUUCUUGGGCAUCUUCGUUUACGCCUUCCCGAACUAUGCUGCCAUGAAGCUGGUGAAGCCCUUCAGCUGAGGACUCUGGUCCAGGACUGGCUGCCUCCUCUGCCCAGCUCAGCUGAGCUCCUCCAGACCUCUAGGCCUGACCGUCCUGCCAGGGUGGGCAGACAGACAGAGAGACUGGCACAGGCUCCAAGAGUUGGUAACAUCGAGCCCUGGGAUCACUCUGCUUCCAUCAUUUCUUUCUCUUCCAACCCAACCCUUUUUGGAUCAGCGCAUAUGUAUUUCCGUAUAAAACAGUUUGAACCACAAA